AAGUCACAUUCGGUUGCAUGUUGUUGAGUGGUGGCACUUGGCUGGUUCGAGAUUAGUCCUCUGACAUCAAAAGCGAAACACAUUGCUCUAGUUCAUGGAGCUCUGUUCCGAUUCCAAGUGUGUUUUUUGUUGUAUGUUUAUUCCUUCUAAGCGCGUUGAAUUGCCAUAGUUAAGAAUCUGCAAGGCUCGUGUCAUCUUUACCCUUCUUAUAUCUUGCCGAUUUUUCUUUUAGCUCGAGAUUGAUGGCGAGGUUUGAGGCCGACACAAGCGCUUGGUCGAUACCGACAAGUUAGCUCAAGUGGCCCUCUACGACGACAAACAGCUAUAUGAUACUGUUUCCAAUGCGGAGUUGAAUGAUUGAGAGGGAUAGCUAGCAACGACGAUCAUGCUAGUGGUAAGCUUUUCCCCUUGCCGCCAAAACAAAGGUGAAGGCCAACACCGAGCUAGAGUGGUAAAGCCAGCAUCACUAAGUUUGGUGGUGUAAACACUGUAUUUGUGGGCCAUUUGUGUCUACGAGGAGGCAUGCCCGGUGAGGGCUGAAGAACACACAGGACACAGAGAAACAAAGAAAGAAGGAAAUUUGUGAACAGGUUGGGGGCUGGGAGAGGGGAUUUUGGAGUCUCAAAAAUCGAAUUUUUUUCUUCCCGGAGCCGAUCAAGGUGGAGAAUUAAAUGGCUUAUUCUUGCUUCUCGGCACAGAGCAGGCAGUGGCUAGCUUUCCUGGACGAAAGUUUGUUGGAGGAGCUCACCAAGCCGCAGCCGAUUCUUGUUCUCUCUUCGGAGCAGCAAGAACAGGUCCAAUUGCAACAUGGUUCUUGUUUCAGAGCCGAGUCUCUAAAGCUUGACAAAUCGCCUCGCAAAAGGCCGCGGGACGAUGCAACGUCCUCCAAGGCUGUCCGAGAGAAGAUGAGACGGGAUAAGCUCAAUGAUAAGUUUCUGGAAUUGAGCGGCGCACUGGAACCGGGAAGGCCUCUCAAGUCCGACAAAUCCGCCAUCCUCAUCGAAGCGGCAUGCGUUUUGCUGCAGCUGCGACAAGAGGCCCAGCAGCUCAAGGAAUCCAACGACAAGCUCCGUGAAGCUGUUAAAGACUUAAAGAUUGAGAAGAACGAACUCCGGGACGAGAAGCUCAGACUAAAAGCCGAGAAGGAGAGGCUCGAAGAGCAGCUAAAGACGUUCUCGGUCUCCUUCGUCCCUCAUCCCGCGUACCAAGCAGCGGCCGCGGCCGCGGCACUGGCUGCUCAAAACCACUCGCUUCCACCCUCCGAAAAGCUCAAGCUCGAGACGGUGUCGGCCUUCCCGGCAGGCGGGAUGUGGCAAUGGAUGCCUUCGUCGUCCACUUCGACGGAGGAUUCUCUCUUGAGGCCUCCUGUAGCUUGAGCGACUUUUUCUUCAUCCUGGCGAACUUUUUGUCUUGUGAAUAGGAAGUGGGCGUAAGAACAACUUCUAACUGUAUGUAAAACCAUAACUAUACAAUGACAAGAGCCGUAUGAUCGUGGAUCAAAACCACUUGCAUAA